UUAUCGCCUCUAAAUCAAAAUUCAAUCAAUGGUAUAUAAACCCCUCAAUUUUCAUUUUAUUUCACAACGUUUAACAUUCGUGAUGGCGUUUGCGUCCGUACUCCUCGGUUUGCUGUUGUGCAACGCCAGUUUGGGUAGCAUCAUCCCCGCGGAGAAGCCUCAUGUAGCACUUCAUCCGAUUUUCGGCAACACACGUAUUACCAAUGGAUUGGAUGCUUUUCCUGGACAAUUUCCUCAUCAGGUUUCCUUGGUCUGGGGAUGGCCACCAUUUCUUAGUAUGAGUCAUAUGUGCGGUGGCUCCAUCUUGAAUUCGGAAUGGAUCCUGACUGCUGCUCAUUGCAUCACCGGAUUGCCAAACUUCGGUACCACUCAAAUAAUAGCUGGAAAACAUGACGUCACGCUCACCGAGAGUACUCAGCAAACUUCAAAUAUUGCCCUUCGCAUCACUCACGAAGACUACGCAGGUAACGUCGCUCCUCACGAUAUUGGUCUCUUUAAGCUGUCAACACCCUUAGUUCUGAAUGAGAGGGUUGUUCCUGUUAGAUUACCUGCCCCUGGCGUUCAGCAUACUGGGACUGCUGUACUCUCAGGCUGGGGUUCGACUUCUACUACCGGUUCAUCGAAUAUGCCUAAUAUACUUCAAUUCGCCAUCAUCCCCAUUGUUGACAAUGAGGCCUGUCACGAGUCCAUUGAUUCGGUGGUCGCUGCCGACGUUUACGUAGACCCUGGCAAUAUUUGCACUGGACCAGUCGGCGGAGCCACAUCUGCCUGUUCUGGUGAUUCCGGUGGUCCACUCGUUCAAUACAUUGACGGCGAGACUCCUGAGGUCAUCGGGAUUGUUUCCUGGGGAGUUACACCCUGUGGUGUUACUGGCGCAGCAUCCGUGUACGUUCGAGUUUCCCAUUACGUUGAUUGGAUCGAAGACAAGAUGGCGAACAAUUUUUUUAUUUUUAUUUUUUUUAUCAUUGAAACUGUCACUCGCGAUAACGAUGCACUCAAGCAUCCUAUAAAUUUAUUGCUGCCACAACGUCAAUCUAUCUGUACCAAAAUGGCAAUCAAAGUGAUCGCUUUACUCUUGGUCCUAGGAUACGUGGCUUCGGCCGAACUUGUCCAAUUCGGUUACAAUAUUCCUGAAUUGGGACUUGGAAGGGUCGUUGGUGGUAGCGAUGCAAGAAAAGGAGAAUUUCCGCAUCAAGUAUCCCUGCAGUGGGGUGUACCGCCCCUUCAAAAGUUGCAACAUUUUUGUGGUGGCAGCAUAAUCAAUAGUCAAUGGAUUCUUACUGCAGCUCAUUGCGUAACGGCAGUACCAAGUUACGGGACUCUUGUAGUAAAAGCCGGAAAGCACGUAAUUACAAAAACCGAAGAUACCGAGCAAUCGAUCAAUGUAUCCAAGACUUUUGUGCACAAAAGUUACGGAGGAUCCGUGGGACCGUGGGAUAUUGGAUUACUGAAAUUGAGUUCUCCACUUAAAUUGAACAAAAAUGUAGCCACGAUUAAUUUACCGUCUCCCGGAAGUAUCCCUACUGGCAAUUCAACCCUAUCGGGUUGGGGUUCAGUUUCCAAAACUUCAACCAGCGUAAUGCCAUCCACCUUGCAACAACUGGUUUUACCGGUAAUCAAUGAAGCUAAUUGUAAACGAGCUCUAACACUUUUGGGCGCACCCGCACCGCACAGUACUAAUGUCUGCACAGGACCCCUUACCGGUGGCUACUCAGCCUGCAGUGGUGACUCCGGUGGACCACUCAUUAGAAAAAGAUCGGAUGGAAAGAACGAAAUCAUUGGUAUAGUGUCAUGGGGUGUGGUACCAUGUGGUUCCGUCGGUGCACCAUCAGUCUAUACCAGAGUAUCAGCCUUUAACAAUUGGAUCAGUUCGAUUGUUGGUAGUAAUUAAAACAGACCGUGAAUUAAAUUGAUAAUAAAAUGCAUUAAAAAAUA